AUGUGCACGUCUAUUGGCGUCAACCCGCUUGCGGGCCCGCGCAGGGGCGGCUGGUGGGCCGAGCUCACCGGCAUCGACGACUGGCAGCACGAGCUCGGCGUGCAGAUCGUCGACUGCGUCAGCACGCGCGAGCGCAACGGCGGCCUCAUCGACCUCGCCGAACUCAUCCGCCUGGUGAGCAGGCUGUCGUCCGACGUCGACGUCGGCGGGGGAAGGAAGAUGGUAAGGAGCGUCGUCAAGGAGCUGGACGACGACAAGAUAGUUGUGAUCGCCGUUGCAGAGGACCGGUCGAGGUGGACGGGCUUGUGGAGAAGAGGGGACGGGCGGUCGAGCGGGCCAGGGCGGCAUUGGAGCAUAUGCUGCUCCGAGAAGCGAUGCAAUGGGACGAGUGAGCUUCAGGAUCACCACAAAUAUACGCCAUGGGACCCCGCCUAG